AUGCACGAGUCGUUUGCCGAAAUUGUUGAUCUUUAUGAUGCCUUCAUACUGGAUCAAUUCGGUGUUCUCCAUGAUGGUGUCACAGCCUUGCCCGGAGCUGUUGCCUGCGUCGAGUUUUUGGCGCAUGAGCACGGCAAGCAGUUGAUUAUACUUUCUAAUACGUCUGCCCCAUCACAAAAAGCCCUAGAGAAGUUGCCGAAACUGGGAUUUGACGGGUCCUAUUUUGUGGGAGCUGUCACCUCGGGCGAAGAAGCCAGCAAAUACAUCAAGUCAACUUUGGGGAGCGAUCCUGAGAAGGCUGCUAAAGCAGUCUUCUGGACAUGGGAUAUCUACAAGCCCGACAAUGCGCGACUAACAGCUCCGCCUCAGGCUUUUUUAGAUCAAUGCGGAAACGUUGAAAUCGCCAAAACUAUUGACGAGGCUAAUUUCCUCCUUCUGCAUGGUUCGGAAAUAUGGUAUACAGGUGGAAAGACCCCAGAAGAAGCCACUUUCUUGGACUUUGUCGAAAGUGGUAAUAUGGACACAGUCGAACCACUGCUACGUGCUUGCGUAAACCGCGGUCUACCGAUGGUGUGUGCCAACCCAGACGUUGUGGUCCAAACCCCUUGCGGUGGCACGGCCUACAUGCCCGGUGGUUUGGCGACACGGUAUGCGGAAAUGGGGGGAACCUGCCGAAUUUUCGGUAAACCGGAUGUGGAGCACUUCGAAGCUUGUUUACGCGCUUUGGACGUCCCGCGUUCUAAGGUCGCGCACGUUGGGGAUUCUUUGCAUCACGAUAUUGCCGGAGCGAACGCCGCCAACAUUCCCAAUGUGCUGGUGACAUCAGGGAUCCAUCGAUCGGGGCUGGGUACUAACUUUGGAGUGCUUCCGUCUGAUGACAAGGUCACUGACCUGUGUCAACGCGAAGGCAACAUUUUUCCAACACAUGUGGUGUCAGCCUUUCGGAUAUAG